AGGGCUGAGUAUCCUCCAAGCUGUGGUCCACUCCCUGUGUUGACUGUCCCCCCGGCAGACAAAUACAAAACUGAAAAAUGGCACCUAAAAAGGACGCGAAGAAGCCCGAGCCUGCCAAGAAGGCAGAACCAGCACCAGCACCUGCUGCCGCACCCGCACCUGCACCCGCAGCACCAAAAGCAGCCGCAGUGGAUCUGUCUUCUGUGAAGCUUGAAUUCAGCCAGGACCAGUUGGAAGAUUACAAAGAGGCCUUUGGACUUUUCGACAGAGUCGGUGACAGCAAGGUGGCCUACAACCAGAUUGCAGAUAUCAUGCGUGCACUGGGACAGAACCCCACCAACAAAGAGGUUUCAAAGAUCCUCGGUAACCCCAGCGCUGAUGACAUGUUACACAAGAGAGUAGACUUUGAGGGUUUCUUGCCCAUGCUGCAGUUUGUGGUCAACAGCCCAAACAAGGCAACAUACGAGGACUACGUUGAGGGUCUGCGUGUAUUUGACAAAGAGGGCAAUGGCACAGUUAUGGGUGCUGAGCUGCGUAUUGUUUUGUCAACACUGGGUGAGAAAAUGAAUGAAACCGAGAUUGAAGCUCUCAUGGCAGGCCAAGAGGAUGAGAACGGUUGUGUGAAUUAUGAGGCUUUCGUCAAACAUAUCAUGUCUGUGUAAGAAGUCGGAGUUGGGAGGAAACUGAAGCAUUUCUCCAGAUUCCAUGGUGUCAGGACAUCCACACAACGUUUCCAAAACCAGCUCAGAAACGGAUAAAAGGAACAUGGGAUGUUAGUUCUAAACAAUUUUGGUUUGCGCUAUUCCUGUUUUUUCACUCGAUUCCUGUUUCUUUUGUCCAUUUUUGGAAGCCAUUCAUAUUUUUCCAGCAAAUGUUCUUGCCGUUGUUCGUGCCGGGACAAGCCUCUCCCUAGCGGAUCGGUCAUGAGGGGUGGGGGGUGUGAGAGGGGGUCAUCAUAGCCAAACAAAAAAAAAACAGACAAUCACUCCCUUGACUCCUCAUUGUCUGGAUCGCAAUAUCAAAGGUGCUAAAUAUAUUGCCAUAACUGGACUGGCUGCAUAUCCCCCCUUUUCCCUUUCCCCAGAGUCUUAAUUUAUUUUUCGCCUCUGUCAAUUCUCAUAAUAAACUUUUCACAAAGUA